AUGAGGGUUCGUUUAUGCUCCAUCCAAAAUGCUUUUCAUAAGUUUUGUUUAGUGGGUGUACGGAAAAGCUUCCUAUCAACCACACAUUUUGGGUUCGAAACAGUAGCAACCAAAGAUAAACAAUCGAAAGUAAAUCAUGUGUUUGAAAAUGUAUCCAAGAAAUAUGAUUUGAUGAAUGAUGUAAUGAGUUUUGGUAUUCAUCGUUUAUGGAAAGAUUGUUUUGUAAACCAAAUUAUGCCAACAGAUAAGUUAAAGUAUUUAGAUGUUGCAGGCGGGACAGGUGAUAUUGCUUUUAGAUUAAUUAAAUAUGCUAAACAUAUUAAUGGGGUAUCGAAAAGUAUGAAUACAAAACCCGUUACUGGUCAAAACAUUACAGUUUGUGAUAUUAGUCCAUCUAUGAUGGAGGUGGGCAAAUUACGUGCAGAAGAAUUAGGGUUCUCAUCAAUUCAGUGGGUGCAAGGAAACGCUGAAAAGUUACCGUUUAAUGAUGGUUCAUUUGACGUAUAUACCAUUGCUUUUGGGAUCCGAAAUUGCACACACAUUGAAAAGGUUGUAGCAGAAGCUCAUCGAGUGUUACGUCCGUGGGGUCGAUUUUACUGUUUAGAGUUCAGCAAAGUUGAAAAUGACAUAUUCCGAAACUUAUAUAAUGCAUACUCUAUGCAGUUAAUUCCCGUAAUUGGUCAACUUGUUGCAGGCGACUGGGGUUCAUACAAAUAUUUGGUUGAAAGCAUUCGUAAAUUUCCUGAUCAGAAGGAAUUCGCGUAUAUAAUUUCACAGUCAAGAUUCGACAGUGUUGAUUGGGCUAAUUACUCAAAUGGUAUUGUGUCAGUUCACAUGGGUUACAAGAUUCCUGCCAUAUAG